AUGAAACCACGUUUCGGAUUCAUAGUGAGGUUCUACUCUUCGAAAAGACCUACGUUUCAUAGCAUAGCCCCUCCAAAGGUUAACGCAAGCACAGUACACACCACCAGCAGUCCAAGCAAGGGUAAACAUAGAGGAAAAUCGUUGAUACUCGUAGGAACAUUAGCACUCGUGACAUCGGUGAUUUCAGUAAACUAUCAGAAGAACAAACCAGUUGAGUUUCUUGAAUAA